UUUGUCGAGUAAUUCCAACCACUUGAACUCGAGCAAAGGAGGUUCCACGUCAUCAUUGAUCUGUACUCUCGGUUACAUGAAGUCCACAAUAUAAUCCUCGUCCACCAUGAAAUCUACGAAGCCUGAAGUGGCCUAUAACAUUAUACAAAGAACCCGGUAUUUCACUGAUAAAUCAUAUCCGUGGGGUUCGGAAGGAUGGGAAAAGCUUGCGGUGGAAUGAAAACUGCUGAUUACGCGCAUGCCUGUCAGAUCAGUCUAUCUAGAGUGGCACUUUUGCGCAAAUUCGCUUUUGCAACAUUGUUCUUUUCCUCAGUCUCUGCAUUGACGUUGCGGGUAUGUGAUCAACGAAAACGUGUUCUCUGUCCCAUGUCUUUUGCAGAUCAACAAUCGUGCGUUGUACAACACUGCUUCGCUCUCCACAUGCUCCUACGCGGUGAACACAUACAUAUAAGAACUUCUGCAUCGAGAAGCGUAUUUCUCCUACUCCAUACUCCGUAGUCAUUGAACAGUGAAAUAAUUUAUACCAUGGAGCUGAAUAUAGAGUCCCUUUUCAAGGAUGUCAUAGUCGCAGAAGCGCAGCGCCUCAGGGCAGGUGGUGGA